GCGAGAUUUGUGUGUAUUCAGUGGCGCAGCUGUCAUGGCGGACGAAAUGAAGCAGACAAGUGCCUUACUCAAAAGGCACGAACAAUUAAAGCGUUGGGGUGAAUCGGAAACAAAUAAGGCUGCAGAUACACCGAGAGACAAACCUAGAAAAGUUAAAUUUCAAGAUGGAUGUGUAUUUUUAGCUGCAUGUUCAAGUGGGGACACUGAAGAAGUUGCAAGACUUCUGAGAAGAGGGGCAGAUAUAAACACUGCCAAUGUGGACGGUUUAACAGCCUUACAUCAGGCCUGUAUAGAUGACAAUCAGUCUAUGGUGGAGUUUUUGGUGGAGAAUGGAGCCGAUGUGGAUGUAUGUGAUAAUGAGGGCUGGACGCCGCUUCACGCCACAGCGUCGUGUGGAUUUACAGAAAUCGCCAGAUAUCUGCUGGAACAGAAGGCUAACGUAGCUGCUGUGAACAAUGACGGAGAUCUCGCCAUCGACAUCUGUGAGGACAAGGAGAUGAGGAAAAUCCUCCAGGAAGAGAUGGACAAUCAGGGAGUGGAUGCUGAUGUAGCCAGGUCAGAGGAGGAAAACCAGAUGUUACAGGACGCCAACAAAUGGCUGAACAACAAGUCUGUCAAGGAGAAGAAGCACCCCAAAACUGGAGCCACCGCCCUCCAUGUGGCCGCCGCCAAGGGCUACAUGAAGGUCAUCAAUAUCCUGUUGAAGGCUGGGGCGGAUGUGAACUCUCAGGAUUACGAUGGAUGGACCCCCCUCCAUGCCGCCGCUCACUGGGGUCAGGAGGAGGCCUGUAAAGUCCUGGUGGACCACAUGUGUGACAUGCAGAUCAAAAACAAUGCUGGACAGACUGCAUAUGAUGUGGCAGACUCAGAUAUACUCAAACUUUUAGAAGAACUCGAAAAGAAACAGGAAUCUAAAAAAGACCUGAAGGACUCGCAGAACGAAGUGAUCCCCACCCGGCCACACCACCAGAAGAGGAGCCGGAGUGAUUCCACAAGGAGUUCAGUGACUCGGAUGAGUGUGGACCAGAAACAUAAUGUGAACGUAAAAACCGUGGAACAGGAACGUGCCGCACUAGAAGCAGCUCUUCAAUCUCCGACAGAGGAGGAAGAAAAGGUCAUCAAGAGCAGCUCCAGCUCCGCGAGUGAAGAAGAGAGCUCGGAGGAGUCCGAAACAAGUUCUAAAACAGAACCAGCCCCUAAAUCUGAAACAGAAAAACAAAAUGAACUUAAUAGAUUGUCAUCGAAUCAAGUGCCUCGGGAGAGGGACAAGCCCCCGAUCACCACUGUGGUGGAAACCAAGGACGCCCCCAAAAUCGACGAGAAGGGGGAGACCACUCAUGUGACCAUUAAGGACAAGAUAAACGAGGACGCAGUGAAACAAAACAAAGAGGAAACACCCACCAUCGAGAAAAUCGGGGAUUCUCUGAAGGACACUCGCUCCAAGCUUAGGUUGAGACUUAAGGAGAUAGCUAAAGAAACAGAGGAGAAAGAGGUCUCUGUCAGCAAACCAGAAAAGUCAGACUCCACCGAGAAAGAGAAGGGGCCACUUACAGGGGUGGAAGAGAAGGGGCCACCCACGGGGGUAGAGGAGGGUCAGCGAUCGAGGGUGAGUGGUCAGAUCAGUCUGACUCGCUCGCUGAGCAUGCCUGCUCAAUACCGAUCCGAGGUGCCCAUUAUCUCCCUUCAGAAGCCAGGAGAAGAUAACUCCUCCACUGCUCCCCUCCGCGAGACGCCGCCGUGGCGAGCGGGCCUACGUAAAACAGGAAGUACCAGCAUGGUCAACGACACCAUCAACGAAAACGACAAGACCAACCUGCCGCGUUCAGCCUCUAGUCCCCGCCUGAACAAUAAUAAUAGAUCUGAUAGCGAUAAGUCCAACCCGUCUCGACCAUUCCUGAUAACCAGUACCAUAUCAGAAAACCAAGAAAAUAAAGUCCCUGACAGAUUUGGCUCUUCCUCUGUUAGUACCACUUCCUCCACUUCCACGACCUUGACCUCAACAUCAUCAUUUAGAGGCUUGAAUCCAUACAGAAGUCUCUCUGCCUACAAACGCUUGGAAGACCGAAUGGAGGAUUAUCGGUCAUCUCUGCCAGCCCGGAUAAACCAGCAACCCGCCACCACUGCCGCGUCGGCCUUGACCCCUAGUGCUACCGUGACAACGGUCGGCCUGACGACAGGAACCACAACUUCUAUCUCCUCAUCAACAAUAUCUUCCCCUUACUCCAAUUAUCAGUUUGCCAGGCCCUAUGGUAUACCAAAACGUGAUGAGGAGGCAGAAACUCAAAGGAAGGCUAGAGCCAAGCGAGCUCGCGAGACCAGACGGUCCACACAGGGGGUAACUAGAGAGGAUAUUCAGAAGGCAGAGGAGGUGCUGAGCGGGACAUCCCGUACAGAGACUGACAAGAGACUGGCGGCCUCGGAGGGAAGACUGGUCGCGCCUGAGACGACAGAUAAAUCUGUAAACAAAGAUAGCGAGAGCUCCACCACUAGUGCUUCAUCUGUCAGUGAGAGAGUUACCUCAGAUAACGACUCCGUAACGUUACGACGGAAUAGGGAGGACGAACCACGAAGUAACAGCUUUCGGAGGUCUCGAGAUUCCAAAGAUAUUACAGACUCUUAUACUCCAUCCUAUAUACGGAGAGAUAGAAGUGAUAGGAAUGCAAUUUCAUUGGCUGACUCAUCGUCCUCUAGUCUGGGGGUCAAUACGGGGUUAUCUAGGUCACAGUCCCUCCGGAACCGAAUACGUAACGGGGAACUUGAGAGCAGAACAGAGGAGAAAUCCAAUGAUUUGGAAGAUAAAGGGGAUAAAGACGGUAGGAGAGAGUCGUCUGCCCUUGCCAGAAGGCGGCGGCGAAAUGAACGAAGGUCAACUGGAAUUGUUUCCUACGACAAUAAAGAUGAGGAAGAAGAGAAAGAUAAAGAAAAGGAGGAGGAGAAUAAAGAACCUGCAGAGGACAGGGUAAGUAAUUGUCUCUGUCAUCAUAAUAUGCCUCGGGUUAAGGUCUCGGGUUAAAAAGUGUUUG